GCCCCCAAAUGACGCGCGUGGACAUUGGCGGAACAGUGCGUUUUUUUUGAAUGAAGGCAACGGCGUCUCUGACCAAAUUAGCGAUUUACCUCGUCAACCAGCCGCUUCGUGAGCCAUGGCCUCGGGUCAGGGAGGCUCGCUGCCUCCCGGUGGCGGUGGCCAGGGCUUCGCGGGCCCGGGGACGUUAGGGGUACUGGGGGGCCCGAGCGGUGUAGGGGGGGUGGUCGGAGGCGGGACCGGGAUCGGUGUUUCCGCCGGGGUGCCCGGGCCGCGCGAGGUGAACAUGGCCUCGCUGUGCCGCAUCGGGCAGGAGACGGUGCAGGACAUCGUGACGAGGACCACGGAGAUCUUCCAGAUACUGCGCUACAUGCAGCUCCCCAACGGCGGCUCGUACUUGCCGAGCACGCACGCCGACCGGCUGAGCAAGCUGCAGGAGCACCUGCGACAGCUGACGGUGCUCUUCCGCAAGCUGCGUCUCAUCUACGACAAAUGCAACGAGACUUGUUCCCUCCUGCAGCCCGAGCAGCACAUUCCGUUUCUAGAAGAGGAGUCGGCACCACGGACAGAAGAGUGGAGCCAGAACUCGGCGGCGCUUCGCUUUGCUAAUGAGGAGCGGCGUGACAUCUCAGAGAAACUGAGACAGAAGAACCAACAGCUGAAGGUGAUCAUGGACCAGCUGAGGAACCUGAUCUGGGACAUCAACACCAUGAUGUCUUCCCACAGCUGAAUACAUCACCACAUCCUUGAUGAAGGCAUAUUGGUGUUAUAAUGUCCCCCCCUCCCAUUGUUGAAGAAACCUCUGGUGCCAUUUCUUAAUGCUGUGUCAGAUAAGACAAGGGUGCUGCAUCGAAAUGUAUUAUGAACUCUUUUUGUGGAUUGUGAAUAAUAAGCAAACAUACAUGAGUCUGUUUCAUGAACCCUGCAACAGGCAUAAAUGCAUUUUUUUCUCUUAUUCAGGAAAAGCGUUCUGUAUCUAAUGGUACAUGAGUCAUAUAUCAGAUAACAUCAAGUGUAUCUGAUGCAAUUGUUUCUAUAUCAGAUGAAAUGAUAGUUCUGUAUUGAUAAAUCAAGGUUAUGUAUUCGAUAACGUGGUUUCUCUAUUGCCUAAGAUGUCUGUAUCUGAUGGAAUGAGAGUUUUUGUAUCAGACCAGGGUUCAAUAUCAAAUGGAUUAGAAAGGUUUUGUAUCAUAUGAGGCUGCUGUGUUGGAUGAAACGAUGGUUCUGUUUCGGAUGGGACGAUGGUUCUGUUUCGGAUGGGUCGCUGAAGCGUGUGUGAUGCACCGUUCAUUUCAGACAUUUUUCAGUCAAUGUAUUCCCUGCUGCAGAUAAAUAUUUUUUAUAGGUUUUUACUUUUUCGUUGUUUCCAAACCCACUGUUAUUUCUUAAAACUCUGCAUAAUGAGGUUGUGGCAAGCAAACAUUUGACUGAAUUUUUGAAAAAAAUGUUACACAUCUGAUGAACAUUUAAAAAAAACUUCAGUUGCACGUUUGGUCUCAAUAAAACAUUUCUGAAUGUU